CCGGCGCGGUCCGGCCCUCCCUCCCAGGCCCGCCAAUCCCGGGUCCUCCCGACCUGCCCCUCGGCCUGGGACCACCCCGCGCUCUGGCGGCCCCACCCCGGCGGCGCCGCCCGCCCGCCCGCGCGUCCCUUAGUCCACCUGCACCAGGCAGGGAGGCAGGCUUUCCCGGCUCCGCGACCGUGGGGCGCUCUGCGAGCCCGGACCUUGGGGCUCUUCCUCUCAGGCGGAGGGAUCCACGGCGGCUGAGGAGGCGGCGCUGAGCCUACGGGGAAGAGGCAGCUACGGCGGCGGCGGCGGCGGCUGUGGCGGCAGCGCAUAAAGGGGCCGCCGCCGGGUGAUGCGGUGACCGCUGCGGCAGGCCCAGAAGCUGAGCGGGCCUCGGCCCUCAGCUCGUCGGAUCCGCGCUCCGGAGCCCCCGCUCUUCUCCGGUCGACUCGCGACCGCUCGGGCGAUCUCAGGCCCCCUCGUCCCUUCCCCGUCCCUCCCCCGUCCCCGUCCCCGCCCCGGGGGCCGUCGCCACCGUUUCCCACCAUGGCCCUGAAGAGAAUCCACAAGGAGUUGAAUGACCUGGCUCGAGAUCCCCCAGCACAGUGUUCAGCAGGUCCUGUUGGAGAUGAUAUGUUUCAUUGGCAGGCUACAAUAAUGGGGCCAAAUGACAGCCCCUAUCAGGGUGGAGUAUUUUUCUUGACAAUUCAUUUCCCAACAGAUUACCCCUUCAAACCACCUAAGGUUGCAUUUACAACAAGAAUUUAUCAUCCAAAUAUUAACAGUAAUGGCAGCAUUUGUCUUGAUAUUCUACGGUCACAGUGGUCUCCAGCACUAACUAUUUCAAAAGUACUUUUGUCCAUCUGUUCUCUGUUGUGUGAUCCCAAUCCAGAUGAUCCUUUAGUGCCUGAGAUUGCUCGGAUCUACAAAACAGAUAGAGAAAAGUCUGUGUGGUUUUUGACCUCACCCACGGGGGCUUCUAAACCCUACUGGCCGCGCUGCCCCUCCCCCCGCUUGCGCGCUGGCCGCCUGCGCCGCGCAGCGAUCGAUCGCCAUUGAUUGUCCCUGACGAGCUGCUCCACUUUCCAGCCAAUGUCAGGAGGGGGGGGAAUCUCCGCCGCCCUGGCGGUGUCAUUUCCACACACUCCCUGGGCUGCCGCCAGCUCGGGCAUCUCCAAGAACCGGCCUGGAUUACCCAGAGUGCGGAGUGAACCUCCUACUUCGCAAAGGAAGCCCCCACCCCUAACAACACAAGCCCUGUCCCUUGUUUGUUGGCCCGGGCCACCUUUCUCCCAAUGUGGGUGGAGAGAUAAAUGUCCCCGCCCGAUUUAGAGCUGGGUGGGCUUGUGCAUCCCGGGGCUGGGCGGCAGCCGCUGUUUCCAGUAGGCGGAGGCACCAGCAAGCCAACUUUGCUGGCCCAAACAGAUGCUAAUGAUUUUCCGGGAGGCGCUGGUUAUCUCUGGCCCCAGCUGGACAGUUACAGAGCUGGGCCAUCCAUACACCUCCAUACUCUAUCCACCCUUGAGAUCCCCACCAGACGACCACAUGGCCCUAAGUAGGCCCUGACAGUUACACGCUUCCUGAGUGUCUCAGAGCUAUGACUGGGCUGUGUGGCAAUAUAUGCUCUAUCUACUUUGGAUGCUACUAGUAUCCUUGCCAAAGGGCCACUACUACAUGUCCACCUAAGCAGGGGAAACUGGGUCUUACAAAAGUCCAAGGUCAUGUGCCCCAAUUCCUACUCAGCUGAGCGGGUCAACCGUCUGAGAGACGCCAUCCUUCGGGGGACCGCAACCCUCCCCCUCCUUCCCUCUCAGGGGCCAGAGCCAGUUUCCAGACUCCCUGGUGGAAGUGCUGACGUGGCUCUGGGCAGCUGUCUGGGGCCUGGAAGCGGGGCAGAUGUCACGCAGCCCAGGGGAGGAGGCGGCUCCCCGGGAGGGCGGGCAGAGCUUCUGGCCAGGCAAGACUACCUCCUCCCCCUUAGACCUGGCUCUGUCGCGGUUUGGAGCCAACCACUGGGCCCAGCUGACUAGCGUCACUCCAGUUCCUGUGUGUAGCUACCGUCAGUGCCACAGCCUCUCUGAUUCGUCCUCCAUGCUUGCUGGAGAAUAAGUACACCUACAUUGCACCGACAGUUCCUCAAGUGAAAGCAGGGGCGUGUGAGGCCCCAGCCCAAUGCCAGGCACAUUGUUCCUGCUCAAU